AUGGUUCAUGCUCGUGAUGAUAUAAGAAGCCGAUUGGAACAACUCAUUGCGCGAAUGAACCCUCCUCCUGUGCCCUCCUCUGCCUCCAACGAUAGCAAGUCAAUCCCAGCGAGCUGUAGAAGCUCUCCCUUAGCAGGAGGAUUUGCAUUUGUGAGACGCUUUCAUGCUACGCAACCCGACCCUGAUGAUCCGGACAAUUUUUUGGUUGAGAUGAUUUGGAGUGAUGGCGAACGUACAUUUGUUGGACGCACUCGAAAAGAUAUUAAUACAUUACACCAUCGUUUAUUGGAUAUGUUCGGUGAAGAACGGCGAGAGCUGAAACAAGCACAGGAAGCCGAAACUGAGCAACCAGAAUCGGCUUGUUCUUCACGAACGCCAUCUCCUACCGCCACUGACUCGAAUGCUACCCCAACACCAGCUGUCGGAUCUUCCGCAUUGCGAAUAUUGCCAUAUUUUUCUAUGGAAAGUUCACCUGCAGCUGUUAUCCAGUAUAUCAAUGCACUUUCGGAUUUGCCCGCACGAAUGAUGUUAAGCUCAGUCAUCUACGAACAAUUUUUUGCUUCUCGGCUUAGCUCGGAAGAAGUUGAGGUAGCAGAACGUCCGAUGAGAAAUAAUUCUCCUCAACCACAACGGUUCCGCAAUCCUGCUUCCGCUCCCGCCACUUUUCCUGUCGCUUCUGCAGCAUUAGCUUACAGCUCGCGCGGUAUGGGCAUCCAGGAGUCAAAUUCGGAACAAAAUGACGAAAAUUCGGCUCAGGAGAAAAUUCCUCAGACUCAGGUACAAUUUCCUUCAUGCAGCAAUUGCGCAGGAGCUCAUGCUUUUGUUCAGUGUCCCAAAGAUACUCCGCUCCAGAAAGAAGGUACAUUCCGGCUGGAUUUUGGCGGUGGAGUUCAUGACAGUACAUGCCCAAACUGUUCGGCUGUAGCAAUGGCCGCUGCCGCCAUUGGUCCGCGACCAACAGGAGUUGAACAUUUCCCUAAUUUACCUCCUGGCUUGAUGCCACCCCCGGCAAUGAUGCCGUUAGUCCCCGGGAUGCCGAUGCUGGCGCGGCACUUCUCCCCUUACGUCUUCCGCCAAACUCCACCCCCUCCGACAUCACAGCCACAUCCACAUUUAUGA